GCAGAAUCGUGAUUGCUACCUGGGCACAGCACUAAAGAGGCCGACCCUGUCUCCCCCUAUGAAUGCCCUUACUUUUCUGAGGUCACACUCGCGUUUCCACGACGCAAAACUCUUCGGAAACCUGGCUUAUCUGUCGCUAUCCAUCACACUGGGUCCUGUAAGCAUUAUAAUGGAACUUGGAGCAGUCGAAAUCUUGGGUUCGCGUAUCUAUUGAUAGCGUAUUCUGCACCACGCGGUUUAUGGGCCUAGUUGGUCAUGGUAUACCACAUUAUUAUCUAUGGCAUGAAGCAGCAUAUGGGUUUCUUGUGCUCUUGUCUCGAUGUCUGCACAAUUCUUCACCCUCGUCUCAUUGCUGUUGAUAUCCUUAUUCCUCGAGGCCAACGCGACCCCGGUCUCAGCAGGGACGGAUCUUACCAUUCACAAACGCUUCGCAUCUAGCAUUCUUGGGGAUGUUCAGCUCCAUUACGUGGAGGAUUCAGGCGUAUGCGAAACAACCGCUGGGGUACAUCAAGUUUCCGGAUACAUCGACGUUGGAACGAACAUGUCCAUGUGGUUCUGGUUUUUUGAGGCUCGAGAGUCACCAGAAACGGCCCCGUUCACCUUAUGGCUGAACGGCGGUCCAGGAUGCUCGUCAAUGAUUGGCCUUUUCCAAGAAAAUGGGCCCUGCCAUGUAAAUCCCGAUGGUGCAACCACUGUUCUUAAUCCAUAUAGUUGGAACAACCUUAGCAAUAUGAUUUACAUCGAUCAACCCAUCGGCACCGGUUUCUCAUUUGGGACGGACACCGUUAACAGUACACUGUCGGCAGCCCCAUUCGUUUGGACGGCAUUUCAGAUUUUAUUCGAGAGUGGACAGUUUUCGAAAUUCGAAAGCAGGGAAUUCAUCUUUGCCACUGAAAGCUAUGGUGGUCAUUACGGGCCAGCUUUUGUAACUUACUUCGAUCAACAAAACACUUUGAUUCAGCAAGGGAAAAUCAAUGGGGUGGAGAUCGUCGUCAGCGCCUUGAUGAUCAACAACGGUUGGUACGACCCACUCAUUCAAAACAAGGCCUACAUAGAUUUUGCUACGGACGCUCCUGGAUACGGACAACUUCAAAGCGAUGAAGUACUCGAAGAGAUGAACAAAGCGUACUUUGGUAGAGACGGAUGUUUGGAGCAAGAGCAAGCGUGCUAUGCAGCGGGAAAUUCGAGCAGCUCUAACAAGAUAUGCCGCACAGCUGACGAUUUCUGUAUUGACAACAUUUUCGUUCCUGCAGUCGGUGAUCGCGAUUCUGACGAUCUCAGGCAGAAUUCCUCGGCUCUGUUCCCUCCCAGUUUUUAUAUUGAUUUCCUUGCCAAUACAACGGUUAAGAAAAGCAUCGGGGCCACUAGCGACUACUCCGAGUGUCCCGAUGCUCCGUACGAGCUGUUCGUCCGAACAGGAGAUGACGCAAGGACGCUUCUGCCUCAGUUGGCUGCAUUGGUAAACUCUGGACUUAACAUGUUGAUCUGGGCAGGUGAUGCUGAUAUCAACUGCAAUUGGCUCGGAGGACAUGCGUCUGUUCUCGCUAUGGACUGGUUCGGGAAGGAAGCCCUAGCAAACACGCCGUUUACCAAUAUGACCAUCGAUGGCGCUGCAGUCGCUGCGAUUCAGAACGUCGAGAAUUUCUCCUUCGCACGUGUUUAUGAAGCAGGCCAUGAAGUUCCCGCUUUUCAACCUGCGGCUGCUUUGGAAAUAUUCCGCCAGGUAAUCAACAAGGAGCCUUUACAUUCGGUUUGAAAGAUUGCACGUAGUCAUGAAAUCCCAGUCGUGCUUUACGACAGAAUUACAUACGACCCCUCUACACUUUCCAGAU